AUGGUACCUGAGGACGAGAUGGUCACGGAUAAACGGAUAAUUGAAGGCUACGUCGAGAAAUUGGAUUGCACGCAAAAGCGCUAUUUCAGCAAGAUUUUUUUCGAGAGUGCAAUUACAUACCAGAUUCGCCUGAGCGCAGCUCAUAAUAAGAAUUUCAAUGGCAAUAUUCCAAUAGCAGAGUUCGACGAAACACUCCUGGAGGCCGCCAACCCACAAAGUAUCCUUUUUCCGACGUCAGAUCUAACACUAAACUUCAAAGAUCUGGAAAUCGUACUAUGCGAAGCGUCGAAAUCAUCCAACACAAUACCAAUUGAACGGGAAGUGUUUGUGAAGAUAAUGGAAGGGUUAGCAAUACCAACAGGAAUUUACCAAGCACUUCUGACGGGCACACCAAAAUCGGUAUUUUACACAGCGAGCGAGCACAAGGGCUUUGUGCUUCGAACACCAGUCUCUGGUUCAGAAAACUGGACACUUGCUUUUUCCUGGUCCUGGUAUAAAGGAAGACUUAGUUUGCGAGGGAUCAUUCUCGGUCCACAGGGAACCGAAAAGUCUCGACUGGCAAUGCAUCUCGGAGAUCAUUUGGCAGAUUCAGCACAUGAGAUGAACGUUCCAAUCAUUCUAUGCGAGAUGCUGAUCGAGAGUGACUCAAUUGGAGUCAAAACGCACGCUUCGGAUCUCUAUCAAGUAGAAUUACGUACGAACUUCCAUGGUUAUCCGCUGUCGUCCGAUGGUCCUAGUCAGCUUGGGAAAACGCCAGAGAAGGAUUUCGAAGAUAUGACAAGGAGUUUAAACAUCAUUAUCUCUCGAUUCGCAUUUCACGAAAUGCGUAUCCACGCUAACGCCGUUUUCGUCGACCAGAUACUGGGCCAUUUCGGCACCGGGAAACCGCGCUCUGGUUGGACUUCAGAAUUGACCCCGGUAAUAAAGUCUUUGGAGAACAGGCUCAAUCAUCUACAGACGGAACAGCGUGCCUUGUUACUUGAGAUCUCGUGCAACCAGAAAAUUGCGCAAAGUCAGCUACAGAUAGUCUACAAUCUCAUCGCGCAGCGCGACAACAAAGACAGUCUGGCUAUGGCUGAGUUACAGACCGAACUAGCGAGGAUACAAACUAUAAUCGCGAACACUACCAAGGAAGAUAGUUACGCUAUGCGCACUAUUGCAAUAAUGAGUAUCAUAUUCCUUCCUGGCACAUUUGUGUCAUCUUUCUUCUCCAUGGAUAUGUUCGACUGGCAAGCUCUAAAAGGGGCUUCUGUAGUCUCGUACCGCUUCUGGAUAUACUGGGCUGUAACUGCACCUCUGACAGUCGUGGUGGUCUCAGUUUGGUUCCUCUGGUUACGAACGCAUAACAAACAUGAAGUCGAUGGCCAAAAAGAUAGCACCCUGGCUGCUUCUUCCUCCAACUCAAUUGUAAAAUCAGAUCCGAACGGUGCUGGAAAGCAGUCCUGGUUUCGUCGUCGGAGGGCAAGAGUGCUUGCAAAGGAUGAGGAGAAGCAUGCGGUCGAUGCAAUUCGAAUAGUACACCAAUCUUUUGCUGCUGAACCGAUUGAGUCAAGAGUCAGAACUAGAACUCCAACAGCUCAAAUUCAAAGACGGGGAACGGUAUUGGCAGGGCCAGUAAGAUGA